AUGUCAACACAAAAGCUCCACGUAGGCGUCGCAGGCCUCGGCCGCAUGGGCAAGCGCCACGCCCUCAACUUCCACCAGAACGUCCCCCGCGCAUCCCUCGUCGCCGUCUCCUCCCCCGACGCCGCCGAGCGCCAAUGGGCCUCCGAGACCCUCGCCCCGCACGGCGUCGCCGUCUACGAGUCCUACGACGACAUGCUCGCCCACGCCGGUCUCCAGGCCGUCUGCGUCGCCUCCGCUACCGCCGUCCACGCCGAGCAGGCCAUCAAGGCCAUCGACGCCGGCAAGCACGUCCUCUGCGAGAAGCCCCUCGGCACGACUGUUGAGGUGUCCCAAACAGUAGUCGACGCAUCCGUCCGCCGCCCCGAGCUCAAGGUAAUGUGCGGCUUCUCCCGCCGCUUCGACGCCUCCUACCGCGACGCCCACGCAAAGAUGUCCGCCGGCCUCAUCGGCCGCCCCGCCGUCCUGCGCUCCCAGACCUGCGACGUCCUCGACCCCACGGGCUUCUUCGUCGCCUACGCCCAGUUCUCCGGCGGCAUCUUCGUCGACUGCUCCAUCCACGACAUCGACCUCGCCCUGUGGUUCUUCGACGAGGACAAGAGCAAGGUGAAAUCCGUCCACGCCGUCGGCAUCACCGCCGUCGAGCCCGACCUGCGCAAGCACAACGACCGCGACAACGCCGUCGGCACCGUCGAGUUCUACGACGGCCGCAUUGCCUACCUGUAUGCCUCGCGCAUGAUGGCCGCCGGCCAGGAGGAUUCGACUGAGAUUAUUGGCACCAAGGGCAAGCUGACGGUGAACCUGCUGCCCGCCGAGAACCACGUCAAGAUCUACCAGCCCGGCGGCAUCAGGCAAGAGCUGCCCCAGACCUACUGGGACCGCUUCAGGGCGGCGUUCACGACGGAGGCGAUUGAGUUCACAGAGAGCGUGUUGGAGGACAAGCCCGUGCCGGUGAAGCUGACGUCUGCUGUUGCCGCAGUCAAGAUCGGCGCUGCAUUACAAGAGUCCAUGAUCACGGGGCAGAAGAUCUGGUUCGACGAGAGUGGAAACCGGACAGAGAAGGCUCAGUUGUAA